CCACAAGAGCUAACUAGAAGCCUAGAACAACCACAGGCGUCCAGCAAAAUGGCUUCGAGAAACACCGUUGUAUUCCUCCUCGGACUGUUCCUCUUGUCCGUCGGCAUGAGCAGUGCGGUAAGAAUGCUAGAGGAGGAGAUGGCUCCGUCCAAAGGCGAGGAGCACCAGCCCGAGCUGCCAACGCUGCCCAAGGUCGAGCUGCCGCCAUUCCCGGAGGUGCACCUGCCACCUAAGCCUGAGCUGCCCAAGGUAGAGCUGCCGACGUUCCCGGAGGUGCACCUGCCACCCAAGCCCGAGCUCCCAACGUUCCCGGAGGUGCACCUUCCAGCCAAGCCUGAGCUGCCCAAGGUGGAGCUACCACCAAAGCCCGAGAUGCCUACCAUCCCCGAGUUCCACUUCCCUGAGCCAGAGGCUAAGCCAUGAAGACUGUCUUCACUUGUCUUCUUUUUGUUGGCGCUCCUACAUGUAUCUGUUUGUCGUGUUUUGUCUUUGUGUGAUUUCUGGUGAGUGUUUGUGUAUGUGAAGUGCUUAUCUAUGGCGUCUAUUCAUGGAUGAAAUGUACAUGUACAAAUGUAUGUUUGUGAAAAAUAGAAGUGUUGAUCUCAUUUGUUUCC